CUAUCAAUAGUUUCCCUCCUUUCAGUUCUCACCUCUAUCAAACAACAAUGGCGGCUGCGUCUCCAUCUCCUUGUUUCUCCAAAACCUUAUCUCCUCCUUCUUCUUCUUCCUCCAAAUCUUCCACUAUUCUUCCCAGAUCUACCUUACCUUUCAACAAUCACCUUACCCAAAAAACCUCACCCCUUCAUCUUACUCACACCCAACAUCGUCGUCGUUUCACUGUCUCCAAUGUCGUCAUAACCACCACGACCCAUAACGAAGUUUCUGAACCCGAAACUUUCGUUUCCCGCUUUGCCCCUGAUGAACCCAGAAAGGGUUGUGACGUUCUUGUAGAGGCACUUGAAAGGGAAGGGGUUACGGAUGUCUUUGCAUAUCCAGGAGGUGCUUCCAUGGAGAUUCAUCAGGCUUUGACUCGUUCGAAUAUCAUUCGCAAUGUGCUGCCACGUCAUGAGCAAGGUGGUGUAUUUGCAGCCGAGGGCUACGCACGAGCUACCGGGUUCCCUGGUGUUUGCAUUGCUACCUCCGGUCCUGGAGCUACGAAUCUCGUUAGCGGUCUUGCGGAUGCUUUGUUGGAUAGUAUUCCGAUUGUUGCUAUUACGGGUCAAGUGCCGAGGAGGAUGAUUGGUACUGAUGCGUUUCAGGAAACUCCUAUUGUUGAGGUAACGAGAUCCAUAACGAAGCAUAAUUAUCUAGUUAUGGAUGUAGAGGAUAUCCCUAGGGUUGUACGUGAAGCAUUUUUUCUAGCGAAAUCGGGACGGCCUGGACCGGUUUUGAUUGAUGUUCCUAAGGAUAUUCAGCAACAAUUGGUGAUACCUAACUGGGAUCAGCCAAUGAGGUUGCCUGGUUACAUGUCUAGGUUACCGAAAUUGCCUAAUGAGAUGCUUUUGGAACAAAUUGUUAGACUGAUUUCGGAGUCGAAGAAGCCUGUUUUGUAUGUGGGUGGUGGGUGUUCACAUUCGAGUGAGGAGCUGAGACGAUUUGUGGAGCUUACAGGUAUUCCCGUGGCGAGUACUUUGAUGGGUCUUGGAGCCUUUCCAACUGGGGAUGAGCUUUCCCUUCAAAUGUUGGGUAUGCAUGGGACGGUCUAUGCUAAUUAUGCUGUGGAUAGUAGUGAUUUGUUGCUUGCAUUUGGGGUGAGGUUUGAUGAUCGAGUUACGGGUAAAUUGGAAGCUUUUGCUAGCCGAGCAAAAAUCGUCCACAUUGAUAUUGAUUCUGCUGAGAUUGGAAAGAACAAGCAACCUCAUGUUUCCAUUUGUGCAGAUAUCAAGUUGGCAUUACAGGGUUUGAAUUCCAUAUUGGAGGGUAAAGAAAGUAAGCUGAAGUUGGACUUCUCUCCUUGGAGGCAGGAGUUAACGGAGCAGAAAGUGAAGUACCCAUUGAAUUAUAAGACUUUUGGUGAAGCCAUCCCACCACAAUAUGCUAUUCAGGUUCUAGAUGAAUUAACUAAUGGAAGUGCCAUUAUUAGUACAGGUGUGGGGCAACACCAGAUGUGGGCUGCCCAAUACUAUAAGUACAAAAAGCCACGCCAAUGGUUGACAUCUGGUGGAUUAGGAGCAAUGGGAUUUGGUUUGCCCGCUGCUAUAGGUGCGGCUGUUGGAAGACCGGGUGAGGUUGUGGUUGACAUUGAUGGUGAUGGGAGUUUUAUCAUGAAUGUGCAGGAGUUAGCAACAAUUAAGGUGGAGAAUCUCCCAGUUAAGAUUAUGUUGCUGAAUAAUCAACACUUGGGAAUGGUGGUUCAAUGGGAGGAUCGGUUCUACAAGGCUAACAGAGCACACACUUACCUCGGUGAUCCUGCUAAUGAGGAAGAGAUCUUUCCUAAUAUGCUGAAAUUUGCAGAGGCUUGUGGUGUACCUGCUGCAAGAGUGACACACAGGGACGAUCUUAGAGCUGCCAUUCAAAAGAUGUUAGACACUCCUGGGCCAUACUUGUUGGAUGUGAUUGUACCUCAUCAGGAACAUGUUCUACCUAUGAUUCCCAGCGGCGGAGCUUUCAAAGAUGUGAUUACAGAGGGCGAUGGGAGACGUUCCUAUUGACUUUGAGAAGCAACAUAACUAGUUCUAGGCAUUGUAUUAUCUAAAAUAAACUUCUAUUAAGCCAAAAGUUUCUAUCUAUUGAGUUUGCUGUUAGUCUUUGGCAAGGCUUUGCUUGUUAUAGCUGUUGUACUAUCCUCUACUUGGUAUUUAUGUUUACUUAAAGUUUUGCAAUA